AUGGAAAUAUUUAGCAGUAAAAAUUUUGAAGAAAUACAGGUGGACAUGGAAGAUUUUGAUUUUACACAGGAAGAUUUGCGGGCAUUAACAUUACUCGAGACUAGCAUUAUACAGCAGAAUGAACAAGAUAAUCAAUCAGAUCUAGAGUUGUCGGAUUCAAACGAAGAACAGUUGCAUAUUCCGAAAAAACGAACACGUUUAAUCAUCCAAAGCGACAGUGAGAGUGAGUCUGAUUCCGUUCGAAAUUAUGUGACAGCCAAUAUUACCGCCUCAGAUCGUGUGUCAAAGAAAUGGUCACGCCCUAGGCGUCAACAACCAUCUAUUAUACCAUUUAACGAAACUUCAGGUAUGAACAAAGAAUUUUCUACUACAUUAAAAGAAGCAGACCCGGGAGCUUUUUAUAGUCUUUUAGUGUCUGAUGAAAUUUUCGAUAUGAUUGUAGAGCAGACCAACUUAUUCGCCUUACAAUCCUGCGAAUCGAGAAAUGUAAAACCUUCAUCAAGAUCUCAUGCUUGGAAGCCAACAGACAGACAUGAAAUUAAACGUUUCUUUGGACUUAUCCUAUACAUGGGUCUUGUGAGACUCCCAAAGUUAAGCUAUUACUGGAGCAAAGAUAAAAUCUUAGGACAGACAUUUCCACGUACCGUCAUGAGCCGCAAUAGAUUCGAAAUAAUCCUACAGUACCUACAUUUUAGUGAUAAUGAAACCGCAAAUAAAUCUGAUCGAAUCUCUAAGAUAAGACCGAUUAUAGAUAUGGUCAAUAAUACGUUUCAAAAGUAUUAUUCACCGAAAGAAGACAUCUGUGUCGACGAAAGUCAGGUUCCAUUCAGAGGGCGGAUUGUAUUUAGACAAUACAAUAAAAGUAAACGCCAUAAAUAUGGUUUAAAGCUAUUCAAACUAUGUACUAUUCCCGGGUACACCUGCAAAUUUUCGUUGUAUGGCGGUAAAAAUAUCGAUACCGUAAAUACUACGCCUACAUCAGUGGUAAUGUCUCUUUGUAGCCAAAUAUUAAACAAAGGCCACACUUUGGCAACUGAUAAUUGGUACACCAGCUUAGAGUUGGCUUACAAUUUACUGGAACAUCAAACGCACUUGAUUGGGACUAUUAGGAAAAACCGAAGAGGUUUACCUAAGGAUGUAGUAGAAGCCAAACUUCAAAAGGGAGAGUUCAUGGCCAUGGAAAACGAGGAUGGUAUAACAAUUUUAAAAUGGAAAGAUAAGCGGGACGUGAUGAUGCUUUCUACUAAACAUUCUGAUAAAAUGUCAACAAUCGCCAAAAAAGGUCAAACAGAUUACUAA